CGUCCAUUUCCCUCAGACGAUUGAUUGACUUUCCAAAGGUUCUAAAACUACAGGCGCUUUCCCUUUUAAACAACAAAGAGUAAGAAAACUUCGCCCACACAGAAACUCAAAUUCCACCAUCAAUUUUUUUUUCUUUCUUCUUCCACUCGCACAAUUCGCUCAAAUUGUCACUUUCUCUCUCAUCCCCACACCACUCUCUCUCUCUCUCUAAUUUUAUACGUGCGGAUCGAUUUGUGUGUGUAUGCGUCUGGGAGCAAGCAAGCAGUUCGCAGUUGUUUGUGCUUCGAUCUCAGCUGGAAUUGAAGCUUUCUCGCCUUAGUUCUGGUUUAUUUGAAUAUUUUCAGUUUGUUAAUUGUUUGUGGGUGUUUGAGGAAAGCAUUAAUUUGUUAGGGCUCGUGGUUCAGUUGUGGAUUGGUAGCUGUUUAUGCAUAAUCUAGGGUUUUGGAUUUUCGGGUCUUGUUCGAAAAUGGGAGAUCAAUGGGGGUUUCGCUUGGUUUCACACGUGGGUCCUGAUUGAAGUGAAAAGAUUCGUUUUUUUUUUCUUUAAAUUAAUUUAUCAAACCUCGAACGUGUUUUAAAAAAAAAAAAUUCCGUUCUAGGGUUUUUUUCUGGAGAAGUGAGUGUGAAGGAUAUAGCAACUGAUUUGAAGUAAUUUUCUUGUUAUUUGGUCGUGGGUGGGUAAUUGAAAGAGGGGACUAGAAAGAAAAAAAAUGUUUUAUUCGCAAUUUAUAUUAGCUAAAAAGGGGCCGCUGGGUACCAUUUGGAUUGCGGCGCAUUUAGAGCGGAAGCUUCGCAAGAAUCAGGUGGCUGAUACUGAUAUAGGAGUGUCUGUAGACUCGAUUCUUUCCCCCGAUGUGCCUAUUGCACUUAGGUUGUCCAGCCAUCUUCUGCUCGGCGUGGUGAGAAUUUAUAAUCGAAAGGUGAACUACCUCUUCGACGAUUGCAGUGAGGCUUUGCUCAAAGUUAAGCAGGCUUUUCGCUCUGCUGCUGUGGAUUUACCUCCAGAAGAAUCUAAGGCACCGUAUCACUCUAUCACCUUGCCUGAAACAUUUGAUCUCGACGAUUUUGAACUGCCAGACAAUGACCUUUAUCAAGGUAACUUUGUGGAUCAUCAUAUUAGUUCGAGAGAGCAAAUCACCCUUCAAGACAACAUGGCGAGCGUCAGUUACUCCACAUCAAAGUUUGGCUUCGAUGAGAGAUUUGGCGAUGGUGACACUUCUGGUCUGGACCUUGAUGAGGAAUUAUUUCUGGACAAGGUUGACGCUGUAGGGCAUGACAAUGAGAGGUCUUCUCCUCAAACCUCUGCCGGAUUAAUGACCCCUCUCGAGCAAGAUGAGCACCCUGAAACCAGUACUGUCAAUUCAAGAGACAAGGUUGCUGGUGUUAAUGAAUAUGCUGAUCUAAUGGAGUAUGCACAGGCUCCAAGUACGCCUGGACUAGUUGAAGAACCAAACUUAACCAAUAUUAAAGAGGUUUCAGCGUGUGACGACCAUAUGGAAUUGGAAUAUAGUGCAAUGGAAUGUACCGUGACAGAAAGUGCAAAAAACACUACUUAUGAGGAUAAUACAGACUCUGAUGCAAUUCCUAUGGUGCUAAACAAAGAGUACGAGGAUGUCAAUCUUUCGGAACGACAGGCACAAUCUCCUAUUGAAGCUAAAAUGGAACAUAUUUCAAUGGACGAGCCCGAUUCUGAUUUAUUAGGUCAAAUUAAAAACCCAUCUUCGGAAUUGGCUGAUAAAUCAAUUGACACGUCUGAUAUUCCAUGCAUGGAAGAUUUACAGGCCAACAAAGAUGAGAACGUCUCUCUCGAUGUUUCUGUCGCAGAAAAAGAUCAAGGAUUACUUGGGGUUGAAGUUGCUGAUAUUUUGGAAGUUGCAAGUGAUCCUCAAUUAUGUCCAGAUGCAUUGAAUUUAUCUUCGAAAAACCAAGAUGCAUCUUUCCCAGAGGAGGCUGAAACUCUGGUCUUUCAAGAACCUAUAAUAGAUUCGAGCUCGUUGAACCUUGGUGUACUAGAAAAAGAUGCACCUAAUGACACUCCUUUUCUCAGGGCAUGUAAUUCCAAAGUGGAAGAACAUGAUAUAAUUUGUGGGUCUGUUGUGUCAGCUGAUGCUGACGUGGAAUCUGAUGUUGCUGUCUUAGCAACUUCUGGAAGGGAGACGACGGUAAUGCUAGAUAACCCAGAAGAAAUUCCAAAGGAAAAUCAAAUACAAGAGCACACAUCACAAGAAGAUGUUCAUGCAGUUUCCGACGAACCCGAAAAUGCAAAUUCAAAUGCGGAAAAUCUAAAUAAUUCUGCUGCCCCUGAAAAGAUGUUGUCGGUACCAGAAGGCCCUUCUGAUUUACACAUAAACAUGUUAGUUGAGAAUACACCAGGAGUAUUUACUGGAUUUGAUGAAGGUGAUUCCGUGAGCAAAAUAGUUUCAGGCAAGAAACGUAGUUUUACUGAAAGUACUCUGACGGAGCAGAGUUUGAAUUCGGUUGAAUCUUCGAGACUGGUUCGUUUUAAAAGAACAGUUGAAUCAGUUCCUGAUGAUGAUGACUUAUUGUCCUCCAUUCUAGUUGGAAGAACUUCGGUUUUAAAAUUGAAGCCGACGCCUCGUCUCUCUGAGGUGACGUCUAUGAAACGUACGCGUUCUGCUCCUCGUACUGGAGCUCCCAAAAGAAAAGUGCUUAUGGAUGAUAUGAUGGUUUUGCAUGGAGACUCGAUAAGGCAGCAACUGACAAACACUGAAGACAUACGUCGUGUAAGAAAAAAAGCCCCUUGUACACUCCCUGAAAUUUCAGUGAUUCAGAGACAAUAUUUGGAAGAUGAAAUUUUUCUUCAACCAAUAUUUACCGGAAUGUCGAUUGAAUUGGUAUCCUUGCACAGUAAAACUCAUGAUUUAAGUAGAAUCACAAUCUGCAAGAGCGAUCCAAUUGUUGCUCCUAUCGAAACUGUGGCCGAACCAAGUCCACCUUCUGAAAAUGUACCUCCAGAAAAAGACGAAGAUGUUGUUCACGCUGAAAUCAUAAAUGAAACCGUGUUAACUUCUCAUGAUGUCCAGAACGAAGAUUCUCAUGCAACUGCUACUGAACCACACUUAACUUCCGAAAAUGCUGAAAUUGUUGAGAGUGAGGAUUUAGAAAGUGGAGUGAGGAUAACAAAUGAGCUUUUAAUAGGCAGAGAUAGUGAGGUGGCAGAUCAGAAUCCUAUGGACGAAGUUGACGAGAUGAACGUAGAAAUUAAUACGAGUGAAGAACAGAUAAAUCCGACCAGUGAUAUGGUGGCUGAAAUUUCACAGGAAGAGCUUUUGUUGGUUGUAACUGGAGAGGAAACGAGGCCGGAAAAUGACGAUCCGGUUAAUUCUUCGAUUAUUGGAGAGCCCAGUGAGACAAACCCGUGUGCGAAUGUCGGAAUGCCAGCUGUUCCAAACGAUGAAAAGAUGGAACUGCCCUCUGCUGAGUUGGAUUCUACGACGAUGUAUUUUGACAGCACGUACGAACUUACAGACAAGGAUGGUGAUGUUAUUACUGCUGCAGUUGAGACUGAGCCCGUAGUAAGGGAUGAUGAUGUUGAGCCAUUAUCAAAUGCCAAAGAUGGAGAGUUGGAGAAUAAGGAGCUCAAUGAAAUGUAUAAUGUUAUGUCUGAACAAGACGUGUCGUCUUUAUUAUAUCCAGCACAAGUAGGUGGUCUGAACGAGGAUGAUUUUAUGAACAAUGGUGAAAAUCAAGAACAGACAGAAGCUUAUCAAGGCUAUGGUUUUGAUCUGCACAAUCAAGAGGAUUUGGAGUAUUCUGCUGCUGGAAUCGACACAGAGUUUCUUAAUGUUGAUGAUGAUGAACUAAAUGAAGUAGCCGAUGAUGAUAAUAUUCCCGAUAAUGAAGAGGCUCUAUUCACUUCCACCACUGGCUGGUCUUCACGUACAAGGGCUGUUUCUAAGUAUCUUCAGACAUUGUUCGUCAAAGAGGCAGAACGAGGGAGGAAAUCUCUUUCUAUGGAGAAUCUCCUAGUCGGUAAAUCACGCAAGGAAGCAUCUAGAAUGUUUUUCGAAGCACUGGUUCUUAAAACAAGAGACCACAUUCAUGUAGAGCAGCAGACACCCUUUGAUGACAUCACCAUAAAACCUCGUUCGAGGAUGAUGAAAUACGACUUCUGAAUGUCCGAGAGGAAGCAGGGAUGUAUUCUUUUGCGAAGUUAGGUUUUUAAUUCUUUUUCCAGGUAAUAUAAAAUAUGCUAUCGAAGUUUAUAGGCGACGAAUUAAGUAGAGUUUGUAACUUAUAUAACUUAUAAUAUGUGUAACUUGUGGAGUUGGUGGUAGUAGAUUGGCUAUGGUACAAAAAAUUGUAGUGUAAUAAUCGCAGAUCCUACGUGUAAUUGUAUGUAUAUAUCGAGCAUUUAAAAUUAUAUAUUUCAUUUCUACAUAUUCGAAACUGGUUCUUUUGUUGUUU